GGAGGGCAAGAGCCGGCUGGAAGGCAAUAGCCUAAAGAGCAAAUACUCCCCGCCCGUCGGAGCCCUUCCUUCUCCCGCCCCGCCCGCCUCCCUUGGAAGACUUGGAGGCCAAGGCCGCAAGAGGCGCAGGGUGGGGCUGGGCCGAGCUGGCGGUCCCUUAGAAACCUGGGACGAGGCUUUACGCGGGGGGACCUGCGCGCGCGCCCGGUACGUCCGAAGCAUGGGGCUCGAGGCUUUUUCAGGGGCGAGUAGGUAGCGGUUGGUUAAUGAUUUAACCGCUGGCUUGGGACGUUGAAGGCUGCGAUCCUGAUCUCUGGCUCCUCCCCAUUCCUGGAGCGCCCCCAGCCGGAGGAACAAAUCUGCCCUCCUGUGUCUGUGGCGUCGUCUGCUGGAGCUGCCUUUCCCCUUUGGGGGACCCCUGGUUGCUGUGGCCCUCUGAUUGCCCUGUCUACCCUUUGCAUUGCUGGACUUCAGAUCUGACCCCAUACCUGCCUGUUGCCUUGGGAGUGCCCAGCUCCCCCGCAGCCAGCACGAUGCCCAUUCUCAAACAGCUGGUGUCCAGCUCUGUGAACUCGAAGCGCCGCUCACGUGCGGACCUCACAGCCGAGAUGAUCAGUGCCCCGCUGGGUGACUUCCGCCACACCAUGCAUGUGGGCCGGGCUGGGGACGCCUUUGGGGACACGUCUUUCCUCACUAGCAAGGCCAGGGAGGCAGACGACGAGUCCCUGGAUGAACAGGCCUCGGCUUCCAAGCUCAGCCUCCUGUCCAGGAAGUUCCGGGGCAGCAAGCGUUCACAGUCCGUGACCAGAGGGGACCGGGAGCAGAGAGACAUGCUGGGCUCCCUGCGGGACUCAGCACUGUUUGUCAAGAAUGCCAUGUCCCUGCCUCAGCUCAAUGAGAAGGAAGCCGCGGAGAAGGACUCGAGCAAGCUGCCCAAGAGCCUGUCGUCCAGCCCUGUGAAGAAGGCAGACGCUAGAGAUGGUGGCCCGAAGAGUCCCCAUCGGAACGGGGCCACAGGCCCCCACUCACCUGACCCACUCCUUGACGAGCAGGCCUUUGGGGACCUGAUGGAUCUGCCCAUCAUGCCCAAAGUCAGCUACGGGCUGAAGCAUGCAGAGUCGAUCCUGUCCUUCCACAUCGACCUGGGGCCUUCCAUGCUGGGAGAUGUUCUCAGCAUCAUGGACAAGGACCAGUGGGGCUCAGAGGAGGAGGAGGAAGCUGGCGGGUACCGUGACAAGGAAGGCCCCAGCAGCAUUGUCCAGGCGCCCCCUGUGCUGGAGGUGGUUCCUCCUCUAGGGAGACAGGAAAGCAAGGCCAGCUGGGACCAGGCCUCUAUGCUGCCCCCCCACGCUGUGGAGGAUGACGGAUGGGCGGUGGUAGCCCCCAGCCCCAGCUCAGCACGCAGUGUGGGCAGCCACACCACUCGGGACAGCAGCUCCCUGUCCAGCUACACCUCAGGCGUCCUUGAGGAGCGCAGCCCAGCUUUCAGAGGCCCAGACAGGGUGGCGGCUGCUCCCCCAAGGCAGCCAGACAAGGAAUUCUGCUUCAUGGAUGAGGAGGAGGAAGAUGAGAUCCGAGUUUGAGGCUGGACCGAAAGUUGAAAGUCGCCUCCACAUCUCUGGGCUGCAUCUUUUCCCUGCUGCUGCUGCCGCUGCCACCUUCUCUAUGACCUUUGACCUUACUCUGUAGGUGCAGCUAAGAGCCUCGUUGGAGUAGACCCUGGACCUCAGGGAUUGGGGUGCCAGGGAAGUAAAGUAGCAGGGGCACUGGUGCCUGGUGGCCUGACUCUGACCUAACCUUCCUUACCACACCAGCCUGGGACGGAUCCGAGCCCCAGCGGGAAGCCAUUCUCUUCCAGGCCCUUUGCUCCCAGCCUGGCCUCAGAUGGAUGCCAGAUGUUAGUUUGAGUUGCUGCCGCAAUGGCAGGGAAGCCAGGUGUGGGCUUCUCUCCAAGGUCAUGGACACUUGGCUCCCUUCUGUUCACCUUGUGUCUGGAGCCUACCCAGGAGAUAUAUGCAGCAGGAGGCAGGGGUGCUCACGUGUUUGAGCUCCUCCUUCUUCCACCUCUGGCUCCUCACUGAAGCCUGGUAUUCUUUGGGGUUCAGCUGAAGCCAGGGGACGGCCUCAACUAUUACACUAAAUGCAGCCUGUCCCAGAGGCUGCAUCCCAGGACAGGAUGGGGCACAGAAGGAACGAACACCCCCUGCUUCUAGCUUCUUGGGCUCUCAAGACACUAGGAACAGGAAAGGGGCCAGCUCUGCCCAUGGGUGUGUUUGUUCCUUGUUACUAUGUUUUAAACCUGAAUAGAGCACUGCCAAAAUCCCCUGCCAGGAGACUAGUGACCGUCUUGGUGGCUGAGUGACUGUUAUCUCACCUGAAUCUGGUGUACAGACCCUGCCCAGGUUGGACUGUGGCGGGGCAGCCACCACCAGUGUUUGUCCCGGAACCCCCACCUCCAUAGCUGUUAGUGGCUGAAGGAGGGCUGUGUAGGAAAAGUUCUGGAAUACGAUGCUUAAAUGAUACAUUAUUCCCCGGGGUGUGAGCUACGCUUUGGCUAGUUAGUGGCCUCUCCUUGGGCUCUGGGCCAGGCCUCGCAAAAACACAAAACAAGACGGGACUGUAUUUGAUUGGAAUUCCAGGGAAAUGAAAGUGGGUUUUUUGUUUGUUUGUUUUUGGCUUUUUGGGAUACGGUCUCACUCUAGCCCAAGCCGGCCUCAAGCUCAUAGCGAGCCUCCCUUACCCUAGGAGCUUCGGUUGCAAGUGUGCACCACUGCUCCUGGCUGUUUUGUUCUUCUGAAAGCUGUUUUGCUCAGCUCCUGUAACUCUACCCAGACCGCUAGUAGAGGCAGGGGCCUGAGCCCUGGGGGUGGUAGCUCAUUACUUUCCUGUGCUGGGAGCAGGCUGACCUGCUCCCUGGUCUAGCACAGCCAGUGGGAAUCUGGGGAGAGAGCAAGCUAGAUUACAAGCAGAGUCUGGCCAGAUGGUGGCCAGCCAUGGGCUGCUGUGCUUCCAGAGGCCACCCUCCUAGAUUCAGACCCUGAAGUGCUCACUGGGCCCCUGACAGGUGCUCCUACGCAGGUAGGCAGUGACUGAGCUACAGAGCUGUGCCUCUGGCCAGCAGUACACACACAACACACACACACCCCUCUCCUAAAUCUACCUGGUUGGUUCUAAACUCUAAACUUUAUAUUUUUUUCCAUGACAUUGAAAAAGCAGUAAGAAAACAUUAAAAUUUCCUCCUAACACU